AUGGCAGGUAACAGAGUGGUUAUUACCGGAAUUGGGUUGGUCACUCCCCUUGGUCUAGGCGCUGCUCAUAACUUUAGUCGCUUGGUCAAUGGCGCCAGUGGCCUAGUAUCCACUGCGUCUUUAAAUGUGUCCGAGGAAUCCAAAAGUUUGUACUCUCAAAUCCCCAGCAAGAUUGUGGGUGUAGUCCCCGAAGGUCCCAUAUCCCAGGGAAAAUUUGAUAUCAAAGACCACAACAUUAAGGAUUCUCGGCGUUUAGGAAAAUUCUCGCAAUACGCUCUUGUGGCAGCCGCGGAAGCCCUUGACGAUGCUCAAUGGCAUCCAGAACACGAUUCCCCUGAGGUUUAUGAUACCGGGGUGAUGGUUGGUUCGUGCAUUGGCUCAUUUGAGGACGUUUACAACAACGCUACAUCAUUCCAUGAUCGUGGGUAUCGUCGUAUUGCCCCGCUAUUUGUACCAAAAUAUUUGAAUAACAUGGCCAGUGGUGCAGUUGCCAUGCAUUUUGGCUUUAAAGGUCCUUUACACAGCGUUUCUACUGCUUGUGCUACUGGUUCCAAUGCUUUAGGUGAUGCCUGGAGAUUUGUGAAAGAUGGGUAUUGCGAUAUAGCGGUUGCUGGUGCCACAGAAGCAGUGGUCCAUCCCUUGGCCUUGGCGGGUUUUGCAAGAGCAAAAUCUACGACCACUAGCUUUAAUGAUGAUCCAUCUAAAGCAUCUCGCCCAUUCGAUAAACAAAGAAGUGGUUUUGUAUUAAGUGAAGGAUCGGGGAUUUUGGUAAUGGAAACUUUAGAACAUGCCUUGGCCAGAGGGGUAAAGAAAAUUUAUGGUGAAAUUGUUGGUUAUGGGAUGUCAAGUGAUGCUUACCACAUUACUACUCCUUCUGAGAACGGUAAAGGAGCAGCCAGAGCUAUGAGAUGUGCGCUAAAGACCGCUGGAAUAACCCCUGAUAAAAUUGAUUAUAUCAAUGCCCACGCAACAUCCACACAAUUAGGAGAUCGUGCAGAGAAUCAGGCUAUCAAAUCUAUUUUUGAGGAUUAUAAGCACAAGCUUGUAGUGGGAAGUAAUAAGGGUGCCAUUGGUCAUUUGUUAGGGGCAGCAGGUGCGGUCGAGGCAGCGUUUGCAUUGUUGAGUAUGAAGCAUGGAGUCGUUCCCCCAACUUUGAACUGCGAGACCCCCGGGGAUCCAGAAAACGAUAAAGAUUAUAUCUUCAAUUACGCGGCAAAUGAGAAAGUGGAAAAAAAUAUAGAGUAUGCCUUGAGUAACAGUUUUGGCUUUGGCGGGGUGAAUGCUUCAUUGGUAUUCAAGAAGUUCAAUGAUAUAUUAUAG